GGGGCGAAGUGUGGUGCUGUCUGUUCCACAUGGAAGCUUGUUGGUGUCACUGAGCAGAAGAGCGAACAUCCCGAGAGGUAUAUCUGUAUGGACAUUACAGAGAAUACCUUGUCUGAUGCAUUCCAACGCUCCUUUUUCUGCUGCAGGCAGAUUGGUUCUUUGCCAUGGCAAGAUCUGGAGCAACAGUCGAUGCAGCAACCAUCUUUGAUUUUGAAUAUCUUAGAAAAGACUGUUAAUCAUCCUUUGUGCCAAAGAUACCCUCCUUCUUUACAAUACAGAAGAUUGUUCUUGUUGGAGUUGAUAAAAAAGCAUGAAAGCACUGACGUAGAACCUCAAGAUGAAUUAUACAAUGCACUUGCUGAAAUCUUAAACACAGAAGAAACUACAAAGCGCUACAAAAGUUACUUUCUGCCCAAAAGGGGGCACUCUGACACUAUGUGAAAGCCCAGCAAUCAUUUCAGAAGGGACUACAGGCUUAGUGACAUGGGAAGCUGCUCUCUUCUUAGCAGAAUGGGCUAUUGAAAAUGCUGAUAUCUUCAGAAAUCGGAUCAUAUUGGAGCUUGGAAGUGGAAUUGGACUGACAGGAAUGGUUAUAUGCAAGAGCUGUUGCCCUAAGAAAUACGUGUUCAGUGAUUGUCACCAGAAGGUGCUUUCAAAGCUCAGAGAAAAUAUUCACUUGAAUGGUUUUGUGCUUACUGAUGAAGAUGAUUACACAGAAAAACCUGAAAGAGUAAAAGAUUCAGACACUGUUCAGAUGUCCGUUUUAGAACUGGAUUGGGAGUCUGUUACAGAAGGGCAACUUUCACACAUUGAUACUGAUGUGAUCAUUGCAGCAGAUGUUGUAUAUGACCCUGAUGUAAUAACCUCAUUCUCAAAUACCCUAUGCAAGCUUCUCCUCUAUAAAAAAGCUGAAAAGUGGUUGGAUAUCUUUGUAGCUUCUACAGUUCGCAACUCAGAAACCUACAAACUGUUUCAAACAAAACUAGAUGAGGCUGGGCUGAAGUGGCAAACCGUCGCUGAUCACAAAAAAAAUAUUUUUGUAUAUGAAGCAAACUGCACAGUACAGAUUCUUCAGGUUUCAUUAAAAAUGUAA